AUGGCAGCAGAAGGGACCGCUCGUCCCAGCGUCACGCAAACCCGCUCGCAUGCCGGACGCGGCGGAAUGGGCAACGUCUCACUCCAGGGCCGAGAAGUGACGGACGUGAAGGAUUUGUCGACGCCGCAUAUUCGAGCCAAUACUUUUACCACGGGUCGCGGGGGUGCAGGCAACAUGUCCAAAUCCGACCCCUCCAACCCAGCAGCCACACGAGCAGCACAAGACGUCGAUACCCCGGCCCAUCAUAACAAAUCCAUGCAAGGCACGUAUCAUUGGGGACGAGGAGGAGAGGGGAAUAUGAUGAGUGUUGGCGGUGGGGGCGGGGGCGACAAGGCCCAGGAUAGUGGCUUAACGAGGGUCAAGAGUCGGGAAGAGAAGAAGAGCAAUGAGAGGACAUCGAGGAGUGGCAGUUUCAAGGAAGUCAUGGAUAAAGGGAGGGAAAUGUUGGGGUUGGGGGGCAAGAAGGAACGUGCGGCGGCGAGUGAGAGGGCGGGGGAGAAUGCUUUUGAUUGA